AGCAAGAGCGAAGCAGCUUCGGCGACAGAGCUAUGGCGACUAUAGUGCUUGGGGCGCAGUGGGGUGAUGAGGGCAAAGGCAAGAUUGUCGACAUUCUGAGUGAGAGCGCACAGCUAUGCUGUAGGGCACAAGGCGGGCACAAUGCUGGUCACACAAUUGUCAAGAAUGGGAUUACCUUCGACGUACACAUCCUGCCAUCUGGCGUUCUUACUGAUGGCUGCGUCAACUUGAUUGGUACCGGCUGCGUCAUCUACGUACCUGGCUUCUUCAAAGAGAUCGAGACGCUGGAGAAGCAUGGCAUCAACACCCAUGACCGUAUCCUGCUUAGCGACCGGUGUCACGUUGACCUUGACCUGCACACGAAAGUGGACGGCCUGAGGGAAGUCGAGCUCGGCAAGGGCUUGAUCGGUACAACAGGGAAAGGAAUCGGACCAACGUACUCUACCAAGGCGACACGAAGUGGCAUUCGCAUUGCCGAUGUUUUCCACAAGGAGAGCUUUGACGAUAAGGUACGGCAGUUGGCGCAUGGCUUCCAGAAAAGGUGGGGUGAUCUGCUGAAGUACGAUCCUGAGGAGGAGCUCAAGCGCUUCGACGAGUAUCGUGAGCGGUUACAGCCGUUCGUCGUCGAUCAAGUGCCGCUCGUUGAGUCGGCGGUCAAGGGCAAUGUGCGGAUGCUGGUCGAAGGCGCCAAUGCGCUCAUGCUCGACAUUGACAAUGGCACCUACCCCUUUGUCACAUCUUCGAAUACAGGCCUCGGCGGCGUGUUUACCGGCCUCCAUCUCAAUCCACGCAAGAUCAAGGAAACCAUUGGCAUUGUCAAAGCAUACACCACCCGCGUUGGCUCUGGUCCAUUUCCGUCCGAGCAAUUGAACGAGUUCGGCGAGAAGCUUCAAUCAGUCGGCAAAGAGUUCGGCGUCACCACCGGCCGUAAGAGGCGAUGUGGCUGGUUGGACUUGGUUGUAGUCAAGUUCUCGCACAGCAUCAAUUGGUACGACUCUAUCAACCUCACCAAGCUUGACAUUCUCGACGACUUCGAUGAGGUCAAGGUAGCCACCAAGUACAGUCACAAUGGCCAAGCUUUGCCAUCGUUUCCGGCAGAUCUGGCUGUGCUGGAUAACGUGGAGGUGGAGUACAAGACGCUGCCUGGAUGGAAGUCAAGUACGGUAGGCUUGACGAAGUAUGAGCAGCUGCCGGAGAAUGCGAGGAAGUAUAUUGAGUACAUCGAAGAGUUCAUCGGGGUCAGGGUGAAGUACAUUGGCACAGGGCCGGGGAGGGAGAGCAUGAUUGUGCGGUAGCAUUCGUCGGUGGGGUGGAAAAGAUGCGACGUGAGGUGUAGACGACUGGUUCAUUUUGCGGAGGUCACAAGCAUCAAUGCUUAUAUACCGCAAUAAGUGCUCACGCGAUCGUCAAUCACUUUGUGUAAGAUGUAACGACGUUGUCAAUGCAACAUGGUG